UCGUCUCGUUCGCCCGUACGGUGAUCGGUCGAAGUUCGAACGAAUGAAAUGAAACGAGCAAGCGGCGAGAAUGGCAUUUGUGCGUGAAAUUGUGUUCGUUUUUAUGUGAACAAGUGCAUUUUUCUCAAAAUAAAAAUUUCAACCAGUAAUUCUUUAAAUAUCUAUUGGUUUUAAUUGAGCUUAUAGUGCUGCACUAAUAAUGUGUUGUAUUAAAUAAAGCGUUACUGUCUUAAAAAAUGAAGUGACUGGUUCGGGGUGGUAUCCUGGUUUUGUUUCGUGCCGUGCAAUAAUGGAGCUUCCCGCUAACGUUGGAAUUUAAAACAUCUGUGGCCGCACGGGAUGGAUGAGGGUCUACUGAAUGACCUUCUGGAGUGCUCGGUGUGUUUGGAGCGUCUUGACACAUCUUCCCGAGUUCUGCCCUGUCAGCAUACCUUCUGUUUGAAAUGUCUCAAGGUGAUCGUAGAGUCUCACAAGGAGCUGCGAUGUCCGGAAUGUCGUGUCCUCGUGGAGACGAAGGUGGAGGAGCUUCCACCGAACGUGCUCCUAAUGAGGAUACUCGAGGGUAUGAAGAACUCCGCUCCGAGGAAAAUCAUCGGACAGCGAGUUAGAAGUGGCCAUUUGCAGACUCAAUCGCAAUUGCAGCCGUCGCGUGGGGACGGCAAACAGCCUCCGCCCCACGCGAGAGCCAUGUACGAUUUCAUAUCCAAGGAACUUGGUGAUCUGUCAUUCAAGAAGGGUGAAACUAUAAUACUUCACAAGAAACUCGAUCCUUUCUGGUACCACGGCGAGUGUUCGGGCAGGACCGGCAUGUUCCCCAUCACUUAUGUGCAGGUUGUAGUACCGCUUCCAGUAGCUACAGCACUGUGUAAAGCACUUUACGACUUCCGAAUGUCAGCCCCGGACGAGGAGGGAUGUUUGGCGUUUGAUAAAGGCGCAAUAAUAACGGUGCAUCGUCGAGUCGACGAGAAUUGGGCAGAGGGCAGACUCGAUCAGAGGGUUGGGAUUUUUCCGAUCGCUUUCGUAGAACUCAACCAGGCAGCCAGUCAUCUUAUGAACGGUGCACCACUAAAUCGUCCCGUCCCGCCAGUUCCCGAGCACGCGAGGGCGGGACACUCGGAGCACAGGCAUCAGACUCAGCACCAGCAUAGAUACCAGCCAAUGUCUGUAUCCAGUCCGAAUUCGGGGCAAGGUCAAGGGAACUACCAAAACCUGGCCACUAUGAGCCAGUCUCAUCCGAAUUACCACGCGACGCACGCGCAAAUACUCGUCCCGCAGCCCGUCAGCCACCACGUGACCACAGUCGCGCACGGCGGGCUCGUCACCACCACCGCUCUACCACGAAACAUGGAUCUCAUUAAAAAGAAGGACACCAAGGACUUCAUAAAACGCUUUAUAAACACGCACAGCGAGCUGACCGUGACCGUCGGCGACGUUAACGACGAGAUACGGAAAUUUGUACUGGGCGCGGCGAAACCUGACAACUACAACUCGACGCCGGCGCAGCGGGCGGACACGACGUACCAAAACGUGAGGCCGCACGAACAUUUUGCAGGGCAGACUAACUUUGCGUCUAAUAAUAGUUCGGAGUCGAGUUCCAGUGUGAACACACCGUCCGCCGGUGUCGUGGGAGGAAGCUCCACGACCACUCCCAACACGAGUUCCAAUACGAGCUCGUGCGAAAGCGCCGAACCCAGCAUUCCUAGUUCCCCCGAUAACAACACCGACCGAAACUCGUCCGUACCGCCCAGUAAUAACGCCCAAAAUCCAUCAGAAAAUGAAAAUCAAGAAACGCAAGAGUCAUUACUUAACGCCUCACUGGGAGUAUUGAGUUUAAACGAAAGCUCAACCGCCACGAAUACAUCUCUUAACGUCAGUCUACCGCCUUCUGAGAGUCCGAUAUUGAAUGCAUCGGUUGGGAGUAACGCAUCACAGAAUCAUAGCGAAGGUCAAGAGAGUACUAGCAACAAUGAGCCCUCUCGUCUGGACGCGCCGUCCUCCUCGAAGAACGUCAUGCGAUCCAGCGGUCCCGACGCUUUGUUAAAUUUUGGGUUGGGGUUACAAGCGGCCCUAUCGCCCUCCCAUAACAAAGAGGGAAACUACAUGAUGACCAGAGGCCAUAGAGAUCAACAUCAUAGAGAAAGAGAGAAACGCCAUAGUUUGACCCCUUCGUCCCAUCUGCAAGGCAAUCACACGCAAAAUAGACAUUCAGCAGAAAUCUUAGCGACGAGCCUUCUAGACCACGCGAUGGACAGAGAUAGGGAAAGACCGGAGAGAGAGAAAGAGAGACGAAGACGACGCUCCCGGAGCAAUGAGCGACCGCUUCCCGCCGCGUACAUCGCACUAUACCCGUAUAAGCCGCAGAAACCCGACGAAUUGGAACUAAAAAAAGGAGGCGUGUACACGGUGACGGAGCGCUGCCGCGACGGCUGGUACAAGGGCAGCUGCGAGCGCGCGGCGCGCGGCGGCGUGUUCCCCGGGAACUACGUGGCGCCGCUCGCGCCGCGCGCGCCGCCGCCCGCGCGCGCGCGCGCCGACCUGAAUGUAUCAAACGCUUUAGCGAACGUGAAGCCAGCGACGGGAACCACGUCAAGUGCUUCCAAUACAAACACUACACUCCCACCACCAGACGCUCCACCUAGAGCCUGUAGCCCUCUGCUAGCAUCUGUACAACCAUUAUUGACAUAUCCUUGGAGUACUCUACAACCUGUACCUCAACAAAGUACACCUCGACAAGAAAAGUCAAAAGAAAAAUCGAAAUCGGAGAAGGGUUCGAUAUCGACGGGAGUGAGCCUGAUGAAGCGGCUGGCGGCGAUGAAGAAGUGCAAGUCUCCGCCGCCCGCCGGCUACAGCAUGGACAACCCCGUGUUCGAGGACGGGCCCGGCACGUCGCUCAUGCUGCCGCACGCGCACCCGCACCCCGUGCACGUGCGAAGCGCCGGGGCGGGCGAGUGGGCGGGCGGCCACCGCAAGUCGGCGUCGCUCGACGUGUCGGCGCGCCGCGAGCGACACGCGCCGCCGCUCAAGGAGAAAUUUCGUUGCAUAGUCCCGUAUCCCCCUAAUUCGGAGUACGAGCUCGAACUAAGAGUGGACGACAUAGUGGUCGUCUGUAAGAAGCGAGGAGACGGAUGGUAUAAAGGUACGCUGCAGCGCACCGGCCGUACCGGACUCUUUCCGGCCUCCUUCGUGCAGAGCUGCCCACCAGAUUGACGCUAGCGUACUUGUGUACGAUUAGGUAAGCGUACAUUGUACGACACGCGAGUGAUAGACAGUGAGUUUCGCGUACGGAUGAUUGACUCGUACUUUACAAUUAACAUGUACAUUCAAAUAGUUUUUAUUAUAGACAAAGUGUAAAACUGAUUAAUUCUUAGCUAAAAGUUUAAUUAAAAAAAUAUAUACUAACUGGAUUUGAAAAUAAAAUUUCAAACGAUUUGUUAAAGGGUUGUGUUAUAGAAUAUACCACGAGAGAUAAUUAAUGAAUUUCGUAAGAAUAAGCAUGUGAGCAAAUGUAAUUAUAAUAUAAAAUACAUCCCUAACAGAAAAAAAUAAAAUAAAACUAGAAUGCAAAAUAAGAAAUUACAAGUUAUUAUAAAUUUAGUAAAUUUUAACGAAAUCUGCCAUUAUUAAAAUCGUUUAGUAUUCCUUAAUUACGUAUAAAUCCUUAGAUAAUUUAUCUUUUAUUUAAGUUCUUAAGGACGUCCAAAAAGAAUCUUUAUGCUUUUUAAAGAAAAAAAAAAACAUUGUUAAUGUAUGUUAAAUUUAAAUUAAAACUAUUAAGAAAUGUUGGUCUGAAAUUUUAACCUGAAGCACAGAAUGGCAGCGCAGGUAGUGAUAAAUACUUAUGUGUCCUACAAAUAUUUUAAAAUAGAUAAAAAAUUGCAUUAAAAUACAUCAAUAAUUAUCCUCUCGUAUUCACUCGAGUGAAAAAGGAAAUAAUGACUUAAAAGUAGAUUAAUUAUUUUUUUUUAAUUAAAAAAACUUAUCAAUAAAUUAUUGAUCAUUUCAGUAUCUAUGUAUAUUGUAGUAAUAGUAUUUUUACUCUGUAACCAUAGAACUACUUCUAGUAAUGUAGACAAAAAAAUGUCUGAAAUUUUACCCAACGGUUAAUAACACGAUUUAUAUUUUUAAAUAGAUAUUUUUCAAUACAUAGAUAUUAUUGUAGGUAAGUGAUUUUAACAUAUAGUGUACUCGUGAAAGUUUUAGACGAUUUUUAAAUUGAAUUUAUUUUUAUAGGAUCGAUACGCUUAUUAUGUUAGUUUUUUUUUUCGUUGUUAAGAUUUGCCUGUGUUCCGAAUUAAAAAAAAAAAAUCAAAGCUAAUUGAGACGUUACAAAAUAAUAAGUUAUAUUUUUAAAUGUUCAUUGUUUAUAAAAUUUGAUUUUUGACAUUUCUUUAGAUCAAAUAAAUAUUUCACUUAACAUAUUAUUUAAUUGAUAAUUAUUAACGAACACAAGAAAGGAAUACAGGUUGAAAUUUCGUUACUUUACACACUGCCAUACUAAUAAUUCGUUACGGAUUUCUCGGAAUGUUUUUCCAUUUUAUAUAAUUAUAUUUAUUUUUAAUCGUAACACGUCUUAAAACUAUAUUUCAAUGGCAGUAGGAGUCAUAGACAAACAUUGGAUUUACAUAAUCUAUGCGAUUUAAUAGCUCUGUAUUAUGCAAUACAAAGAGUUGUUUAUUAAGGUGUCCAUAUCGAUAAUACAAAACUAAUCCACUCGACUACUUAAAUCUACUUUACGUCUAAUUUCGAUAUUCCGAUAAAAAUUUCGCCGACAUUCAAACGGCCAUUUUGACACGAAUCCAUAUUGAAUUCCAUAGAUUAUUUUAGAUCUCGACCAAUGACGUCAUCUCAAUUCAAGGUCAGUAAACAGUAACAGCCUGUGAAUAUCCCACUGCUGGGCUAAGGCCUCCUCUCCCUUUUUGAGGAGAAGGUAUGGAGCUUAUUCCACCACGCUGCUCCAAUGCGGGUUGGUGGAAUUCGAGGUCAAACUUGUUUAUUUAUUUGAUCUCUUUCUGUCAUUGGAAUCUUCGAUACAUACUAGUUUUGUAUGAAAAAAAAGAGAUUUAAGAGUUACAAUUAUUGCUGAUGAGUAAAAUGAAUUGCUUGUUCUUUCCGUUUUUUUUUUUAAACGAAUUAAAUAAAGAUUAAUCGCUGUAUUUUUUAACUUUACGUUAAUUAAUUAUUAUAUAUAAUAUGUAUCUAUAAUUAGGUAACCUUAAUGUAAUCUUUAGUUAAUAUUUUAUAGUAUAGAAUAAGAAUUUAUGUGUAGUUUAAACUUUUUUUAUUUAUUAUCUGUAUACAUUGUUCCGACGACUUUGUAAUUAAAAAAAAGAAAAAAAGAAAAUUAAGCAGCAACGUUUAGAUUAGUUUAUUUCUAUAAAUAUACUAAUCGUGUUUUUUAUAUUCAUAGUAAAGUCGUCUCAUAAAUAUGAAGAUAUAUAUUUUAUAUUAUAAAAAGCUCAAAAUUUUUUCAUUAUAUCGACGUUUUCAAUGUAAAUGUGUUUCUAUUUCUAAGAAUAUUUAUCGAUCUUUAGUAUUUAUGUCGUAUUUAUUGAUUUUAUUUACGCUAGUGCUGUUUUACACUAGGUUUUAAAAUCUUUCUAAAUUUAAAUGGAUUUUAAUCGCGUUUUUUUUCUGAACGGUAGAGCUAGUGAUAUUAUUUUUAAAGAUAUUGCAAUUUCGCUAUUGUAAAUAAUCUUAGUUGAAUUAACAAAAGUAGAAACUGUUAUCCUUGCGCGUUUUGAUUGGUAGAUUAUAUUAACCUCAAAUAUCUAGUUAAUGUAAAGCUGAUCAGACAAAGGUUAGAUAAUUUGACUUGAAUCCGAAUGAUCGUUGGUUGGUGGCAAAUGAUGACGCAAUAGGCGACCAAUGAGCGAUCAGUAUUUAAUGAAUUUGUUUAGGAACUGACGGUAAGAGUCAUAGAUCCUCUGCAUUGCAGAAAUAAUUAAUUUAAUGACUUUAACAUACCUUUAUAGCGCUAUAAUGUUCUUAUGUCGGUCGUUUAGUAAAAUUUCUCAAAAACAUCGUCAUACAUCAUUUUUGUGAAUAUGUACAAUGAAACAAUAAUUUUCUCUUGAACAAUUUUAUUUUGUCAUUUCAAUACUGAUAUUGGAAUUGCACAUAUUACAAAAGUGUUUAAAACUUUAAAGCUGACAAAGUUUUAGGCUUCCAAAACGUUGUUUGUAGUUUGGAAUAAUAAAUUGACGACUUUAACAUGAACAAGUAAAAAAAAAUAAAUUAGCGAUUAAAAUCCAUUACAUCGAUUUCCUUCGACUUUUCGGUUAUUAAAAAAGAACUGAUAUUAUUUUAAGUAUUUAUUAGAAAGUGUUUUCUUAACUUUUAAGAUCUUCUAUAUUAUUUUACUCAUGUAUACACAACGAAUUUUUUAACAUAUUUAUCUUGUAACUGUGAAUAUUUGUACAUUUUAUAUUUUCCGACUACGAUUAUCCCCGCCAUUUUGUAGUUUGCUUCGUCUAUCCAAAUGUAAUUUUUUUUUUUUAAAAACGAAAUAUCGUAAAAGAGUUUUUAGAGAAAAAGUUUUUAAUGAAAUUGUAACUAGACAAAGUGCAUGUUCACAAAAUUUUUACGUACACGUUAUUUAGAUAAUUAUAUUUAACACCACUGUUUGUGAUGCAAAAUUGUAUAUCGAAAUUUAUAUUUGUUUUAAAUGUAAUAGAUAAAUGAAAAUAUCGAAAUGAAUUUUAGAUCUUUUAAUAUCAAUGUGUAUGGGAGUCAAAUAGUUGAAUAGGUGGUUGGAAAAUAUUCUUUAUCAGUGAUUGAUAUAACGGGGAUUAUUUUCACUUCGCUUGUAUUGUAAGGUAAGAACAUCAUAUCGAGGAGAUGAUUUAGGUAACUAUGGAAAGAAAUAAAGAUUUCUUCUUAAA